AGAACUAGCCCCUGUCUCAAAAGUGCCUUUUUGUUAUUUCUUGGUUAGCCCAAAACAGUUUCUGUUAUAAUUUGUGCAUUAUAAUGGUAAUUACAACAUAUUACAAUAAUAAUAUUAAAACGCAAGCACUUAAAUUCUCUAUCUACGCUGUCAGUUACAACUUAAAUACGUUUAUUUUUCUAAGCUUUUAUUUCGACAUUUAACCGGAUGUUGUUGUUGACGUCAUCGUGUGCGCAUGUCCACCUCUUUGGGAUGCAGUACACGUGAAGUCUGAGAAGAGCAAGGCUAGGGUGAAGUUAUGUCUAAAGCUAAACAGAAACGAGCCAAACGACUCGGGUUCAGUGCGAAGUUUAAGGCUAAAGAUGGAAGAAAGGGGGAUGCUUCGGGGCGGAGAAAUACAGAACAGUCCCCUGCUCAGACUGUCAAGGACAGCAGAAACCCGGAAGAAAUCAGGAAACAAAGGCUUCAGGACCUUCAGGAGAAGCAGAAAUUGUCUCGAGAACGAGAGCUUAUGAAGAGGAGAAAUUUGCAAACCUUCCAGAAUGACAUCCUUCAGCGACAAAGGGAGUUUGAGCAGAGGGAGACAGAGAUGCAGAGUUUAGAAAAGCAUGUCAACUUUGAAAAUGAGAAUUCAAGGAAAGCAUAUUACAGAGAAUUUAAAAAGGUUGUGGAGGCCUCUGAUGUGAUUCUGGAGGUAUUGGACGCGCGUGACCCUCUUGGCUGCAGAUGUCCUCAGGUGGAACAGGCGGUCAUUCAGAGUGGAACGAACAAGAAGAUAGUUUUAGUCCUCAAUAAAAUUGAUUUGGUGUCAAAAGAAAUAGUGGAAAAGUGGAUAAAGUAUCUUAGAAAUGAGUUCCCCACUGUGGCUUUUAAAGCAUCUACUCAGCAGCAGACUAAGAACUUGAAACGCAGCAACGUUCCAGUGACACAAGCCACCACAGAGCUUCUCAGCACCAGUGCUUGUAUUGGAGCAGACUGCUUGAUGAAGCUACUGGGCAACUAUUGCCGCAACCUGGAUAUAAAGACAGCCAUCACUGUAGGUGUUGUAGGUUUUCCUAAUGUUGGAAAGAGUAGUUUGAUCAACAGUCUGAAACGAGCACGAGCAUGUAAUGUUGGAGCCACACCAGGUGUCACCAAGUGUCUUCAAGAGGUACAUUUGGACAAACACAUAAAGCUUCUGGACUGUCCUGGUAUUGUCAUGGCAACAUCAACGACAGACGCCGCAAUGAUUCUUCGCAACUGUGUUAAAAUCGAACAGCUUGUUGAUCCCCUUCCACCCGUGGAAGCCAUCCUCAGAAGGUGCAACAAGGCACAAAUCAUGGAGCACUACGGUGUCCCAGACUUUCAUACAGCUCUGGAGUUCUUGGCAUUGCUCGCCCGUCGGCAAGGCAAACUGAGGAAGGGGGGGCUGCCGGACACUGACAAGGCAGCCAAGAGUGUACUAAUGGACUGGACCGGGGGAAGGAUUAGCUACUUCACACACCCUCCAGAGACACACACUCUUCCUACACACGUCAGUGCUGAGAUCGUUACAGAAAUGGGAAAAGCCUUUGACUGGGAUGAGCUGGAAAAGGGAAAUCAGGAGGUUCUUGCAGAGUCGUCUUGUCCUGACAUUCAAAUGGGAUUCUGCAUGGAAACCACUGGGAUGACACAGGGAGGCCAGGGCGAGUUGCACUGUGAUCUGGGCUUGGAAGGAGGAUCAGUGGAAGCAUCAUCCUCGAAAGAGGAAACUGAAUCUAUGGAGGAUGAUCAGGAUCCAGAGUUUGGACCAAUGACAGUGGAAAUAAAAUCACAGAAAAAGACAGAGGUACCCGCAAUGGAUGCUGCAUCCAAGGCUCCGGAUUUAAAGAAUAUCUUGAACGUGGACCCUCUGCUGCAGGGUCAGGCACUCCUGGCUGCGGGCAAGAAGAGGAAGAAGCUACAGAAAAGAGCUGACAAACUUGCCACCAAACUCUCGGACACAUUGACAUCUGCAAUGGACUUCUCAUUUUCAGACUAAAAUAUUACCAAAAUAAAAUGAUGAAUUUAAUGGA